AUGUCUAAAGAGGAACAGAUCAUACGCGUACUUAUCACUGGCGCUGCCGGCCAAGUGGCAUACUCAUUGGCUGGUCUCAUAGCCUGCGGCAUGGCAUUCGGGCCGAAGCAACCGCUUAUUUUAAAUCUACUAGAUCUCCCCGAAAAGACAGGUGCAAUGGAAGGGCUUCGAAUGGAGUUAAUUGAUUCUGCAUGUCCACUAUUACGUGACGUCAUAGCCACAAGUGAUCCAGUUGUCGCUUUUCAAGAUAUAUCAUACGCAUUCCUAUUGGGCGGAGAACGUCGCCGCCAAAUGGAUAUGAAGCGUUACGAUCUCAUCGCAAGCAAUUCAAGAAUAUUCAAAGACCAAGGUCUUUGCCUUGACGCCCUCGCACGCAAAGACUGCAAGGUAGUCGUACUCACCGAGCCCUCGAAUACCAUGUGUUAUGUCUGUGCAGAGUAUGCGCCCUCAAUACCACGUGAGAAUUUCACAGCUAAUGCUCGGCUGGAUUAUAAUCGUGCUGUAGGCCAAAUAGCAAGCAAACUGAAGGUUUCUGCAGCCAAUAUACGGAACAUGAUUAUUUGGGGUAAUCACUCGGAUUCUAUGCACCCAGAUUGUUCGGUGGCUAGCGUGGUGAUUAAUAACAAGUCACAGCGCGUUAGCGAAAUACUGGGCGAGGAAAUGAUCUACUUCCGAACGCAAUUGUCCGAAUCCAUUGUUAAACGAGGCAACGAGAUAAUCACUGCGCGUGGUUUAUCAUCCGGUUGGUCGGCAGCGAAGGCAGUGUGUGAUCAAAUGAGAGAUUGGAUAACGGGCACACCGCAGGGUAUAAUGGUGCCAAUGACGGUGGUGUCGGACGGUAGCUAUGGUACACCGAAAGAGAUUUUCUUCACUUUUCCCGUGGAGAUACAACGCGGUAGGUGGAGUAUUGUCAGGGGUAUCAAAAUGGAUGAGGUGUCCAGGAGUAAGAUUGACUUCAGCGGUAAGGAGUUGAUGCAGGAAAAGAUGGCAGCCGUCGCAGAGAUUGGAGAAGGAAAUGUAUGA